UUAGUCGCCUGAUCGAGUCGAGGACGACUUAAUGGGCUUCACUCCAGAUUGGGCCAGGCGGACAGGUAGGUGUCUAUUCAGCCCAUUAGGGUUUCUUUAUACAUCCCCCACACCCCCUCCCCACGUCCUCCUCCUCCAGAACUGCAGCCGCCGCCGACGCUCCCUCCACCUCCAGAAACUGAAGAACGCCGCCGCCUCUCCUGGACACGCCUCCGGCCUGCCUCAUCCGCCGCCUCUCCUCAUUCAGGAUGAACUCUAGUUCCGAUGAAAAUGCUACAGUCGAAGUGGUGUUCCCAAAUGCAGCAGCUGCUGCUGAAGCCGAUGCAGAGCUGACUGGAGGGUAUGCUGCGUCCGAUGAGCCAAAUUCUGCUGCUGUUCCAUCAUCUGGGUUUGGUAAUGUCACUCCUAAUGAGAAGGACUUUGAAUCCAUAGUUGCUAGCACAUUAGGAGAGAUGCCACCAGAACUUGCUGCAAUGGCCAAAGAUCCAAAGAGGCAUGCUAAAUCCAAAGACCCUGGGUGGAAGUAUGGGUUCUGGCCAUAUGAAGGAAAGAGAGAUAUGGUGCAAUGCAUCUUCUGCAGAAAGGUGGUUCCUGCAGGAAUCAAGAGGUUCAAGCAACACAUUGCAGGUGGUUAUGGAGACGUCGAGAAGUGUCCAACUGCACCUGCAAUAGUAAGAAAAGAGAUGUACGAUUUUUUUAAGAAAAAUGCAAGGAAAGAACUGAACCUGCAGCAGGGAAGGGAAUGGGAUUGUGAAGCAGAUAGUGAAGGUGAAGUGCAGGAAACAUGUGCGGUGCCAAGCUCAGGGACUAGAAUUAAGGAAAGUAAUAGGAUGUUUGCUCGUUCUUACCUAGAUUCAGCUAAGCAGGGGUCACAAAAGUACAUGAAAAGUGUUAGUUCCAUGCUACAAAAGUCGCCGGAAGAUGUGAUUUCUGAGAGGCGUAGUUCAAGGAAUUCUCAACCUAGUACAAUGGAGCAUUGCACAAAGAAAUCAAAGGAAGUUAAACAAAGAGUUGAUGAUCAUGUGGCAGAUUUCUUUUAUGAGAAUGGAAUUCCUUUGAAUGCUAUUAACUCACGCAGCUGGGAGAUUAUGUUGGAGUACAUAGGACAAUAUGGUCCUGGUUAUAGGAGUCCUUCAUAUCAUGAUAUAAGGAACCCAUUAGUUGACAGGGCUGUAGAGAGAGUUAACGAGACCAAAAAGAAGCAUGAAGAAGCAUGGAAGGAGUAUGGCUGCAGUAUCAUGUCAGAUGGAUGGACCGACACAAGCCAUCACCAUCUCAUAAACUUUCUUGCAAACAGUCCAGCAGGAACCUUCUCUCUUGGUUCAGUGGAUGCUUCAAAUGAGGUGGCAGAUGCCGUUAUGCUUGCUGAUUUGUUGGAGAAGCAAAUUGAGAAAGUUGGGAAGGAAUAUGUGGUGCAGGUUGUCACGGAUAAUGGAGCUAACUUCAAGGCAGCAGGCAGAAUUUUAAUGGAGAGGAUUCCAACCUAA